GUCCGUGCGUGAUGACGUCGACGCGACGGCGUCGAACUCUUCCUCCUUUUCACGGCGUCUUGCAUUACUAUUGUCCGGCUGCAGGAGGUGUCGAGCGGCGUUAUUUUUUUUUGCGGUUUGCCUUUUUUUUUUUUUUUUUUUUGGAACCGCGGUUGUUUAAAAGCCUGAGGGAACCUGGAGAGGGGCUCCCACUCCCUACCCUCUUUCCUCCGAGUUUGUGACUCCGAGAUGGACAAAGUGUGUGCUGUUUUUGGAGGCUCCCGAGGCAUUGGCAGGGCUGUGGCCCAGUUAAUGGCCCGGAAAGGCUACCGACUGGCGGUCAUUGCCAGAAACCUGGAAGGGGCCAAAGCCGCCGCCGGUGACCUCGGCGGAGAUCAUUUGGCAUUUAGCUGUGAUGUUGCUAAAGAACAUGAUGUUCAAAAUACAUUUGAAGAGAUGGAGAAACAUUUAGGUCGAGUAAAUUUCUUGGUAAAUGCAGCUGGUAUUAACAGGGAUAGUCUUUUAGUAAGAACAAAAACUGAAGAUAUGGUAUCUCAGCUUCAUACUAACCUCUUGGGUUCCAUGCUGACCUGUAAAGCUGCCAUGAGGACUAUGAUUCAACAACAGGGAGGGUCUAUUGUUAAUGUAGGAAGCAUUGUUGGCUUAAAAGGCAACUCUGGCCAGUCCGUUUACAGUGCCAGUAAAGGAGGAUUAGUUGGAUUUUCACGUGCUCUUGCUAAAGAGGUAGCAAGAAAGAAAAUUAGAGUUAAUGUAGUUGCACCAGGAUUUAUACACACAGAUAUGACGAAAGACUUGAAAGAAGAACAUUUAAAGAAAAAUAUUCCUCUUGGGAGGUUUGGAGAAACUAUUGAGGUGGCACAUGCAGUUGUGUUUCUUUUAGAAUCACCGUAUAUUACAGGGCAUGUUCUGGUAGUGGAUGGGGGAUUACAACUCAUUUUGUAAUUUGUAGAUUAUUCAGUUAUAGGGGUGAUUAGCAUCAAGGGCACACUUUGGCUACUGAUUAGACAAUUAUACCUACAUGGGUAACAUUUGCUAAUCAAAUCUGCUGAUGCUACAAAUGUUAAUUUCUGUCUUUAUAAAAAUAUGUCUGAAAAGAACAAUGUGUGUGACAAAUUGUGGUUUUUUUUUUUUUGGUCUAAAUUACAUCAGUGUUGUUUUGUUUAAAAAGCCUUCAUGAGAUACAAUUCACAUACCAUAUAAUCACACAUUUAAAAUACACAAUUCAGUGGUUUUAACAUAUUUAAAUACAUGUGCAACCAUCCCCCCAGACAAAUUGUGUUUUCUAAAGGAUGUGUAUCACUUACCUUUGGUUACCUCAUAGACUGUAGCAAUCUUAGUGUAUAGACAUUUUGCAAGUCAUAUAAACAAGUAUUAUAUAUUUUGUCUCAAAAGUGGAAAAAUUAUAUUGUCUAAUUAUGAUGAAUUAUUUUCUUGUAUCAAGCUGAAUUUUCUAAAAGUUAACCUUGUGGGCUGUUGCCAAAAUAAGAGUAUUUAGAGGACACUGAUUAGUUGUCAAUACUUUAGCAAGCCCACUAAAAACUAUACUCCUUUUGCAUGUGCUUGGGUGAUCAGUUUUUAUACAGGUUGCAAAACAUAGUAUUCAUUAAAGACAUGAAUUUAGAAUUGAUUUCUUUGAGUGGUAUUUCUCUUGAUUGAGCAGCUGGACAAAAUAAUCUGCAAAUUUAAAUGUGGCGCAUUUGACUCAUUCUUGAGAAAUUCUCAUAAGUGAAGAGGAUUAGCCCUUAAGGCUUAAUACCUGGUACAGUAGUGAACCGCACAGAUUUCAUGAACUUAGGACGUGUUUUUUAUUCGUGAAAGACUUAGAAUAGUGAACUAUUAAUAUUUAGAAACGAGAAAUACAACAUUAAAAAAAUUAAGAGUAUUUUGCAUUAGUGAUUAUGAUUCUUAUCCCAAAAUUCUAGAAAGUAAUAAAUUCUGUAUGAAUAAGCAUAAAAAAUAAAUAAAUAUGCAAUGCAAUAACAUUAAAUUAAAUGUCUUUACAAGAAGCAGUGAAGGCACUGGUCUUAAGUGAGAAUAUUUGCCUGGGAGUAGAGGUAAAGACAUAAACCGAAUGUAAAAUACCAGGUAAUAAUUAUUUUGCACUAAACUCUUUUUAUGGGGAAUAGUAGGAUAUUUUCAAUGUCACUCCAUUCAUGUUGAUUUGGAGCUGACAGUUAUUUUGUGUAAGCAGAGAUUUAAUUUUAUAUUGAAAGUCAGUGCAAAAUUAUGAAUAGGAUAUAUAAUAAAUACAAAGUAAUAACAAAAGUCAAAGCAGUGUUCUAAAUAAAAAUUCUGGGUUCCUUAAAAAUUAUUUUAAAUUUAUCUUUGAAAUAGUUUUCUUAGAUUAAUCUUAGGAUAUGAGAAAGUCAAUUAAGUGUGAGUAAAGUUAGUAUCAUUAAACAAAUUGUCUAUUAAAUGCAAGACGUGGUAAUAUACAGAAUUUAUCAGGCAUUACCAAGUCUAGGCACAUAUAGGAAAUGCAGCCCUCAGAAUGGUUUCAAUGUAGUAGUUGAUGCUUGUAAGGUAGGGGAGCUUAUUCAGACAUAGUAGGUAGUUUCUCUAAUGCUGUCUCAAUUGCUGGCCUUUGGCUACCUGUACUUCCCCAUUAUGGCAGCCCAUUCAGUCUUGAGUUUUCUUCUCUGGACACCUUAUGCUCUGAAAUCAUGAGCGAGGCUGAUUCAAUUGGUGAUUUGGGUAGAAAGCAGUAUGUUUUGCUGACAUUAAGAUGUAGGUUAUAGAUAGGUUUAGCCUUUAAGUGUAUGUUUUUAUAAUUUAAAAUAAGAAAUAUAACCUUUUAAGCUAUUCCACCUCCUCCCCCAGCCUAUCUCAAACUGGUGGAAUAUAUGGAGAGAUCUUGAAAGAGGUAAAAUAAACCUUCACUGCUCCACUCCAGGUGAAUCCACCCACUCCCACUGACCUAGUAGAAUUUGUAAUUUAAUACUUACCUUCUAUUUCUGAAAUCAGUUGUGAACUGUUGCCUUAUGUUCAGAGGUUUAAGAACCUCAGUGAAUUCAUUUUUUAAAAUCUGCUAUUCUGAGAAGCAUUGAAUGAAUUCUUAACAAGAAGACUCAUCUGUAGCUGUUUGCUGACUCCUAUGAACCCGUAAGGGUUCUGUGCUUAGCAUUAACAAAAUAAGGUUUAUAGGUAAAGCCAAUGUAUUAAUUUUUUUUUCCAUGGAGGGCUUUAAAAUUUGUGCUCUUUUUCAUAUUUUAUUCAUGUUCAAUUUAUGGUUUGUAACUGCUUUUUAGGGAGAUAAUUAUAUGUUAUAAAUUAGUUUUGGGGGGAAUAAUUGUGCAAAGAGGAUAAUUUAAUUUACGUGCUUCUGUUAUUCAGAAUAAAGAGAGAAGACUAUGCUGCAUAUUCAAGAGUUGUGCCUUAACAUUGGUGAAACAUUUUUUCUAAGAUUUUCAAAAGGAAUAUGUGUAAAUUGAGAAAUCAUAACCACUGUCCUAACUUGGUAAACAAACUGUUCUUAAAUAAAGUAUUUAAUGAUUUUAAA